CACAACUCGUUUUCCGACGGAAUGCUUCCCCCAGUGAACUCCGUCAUGUUGCUAUGAUGCUGGUUGCACUUCAAACUGUGGAUAUUGUGUGGUUAUUGUUAGCGUUGUGUUUUCUAAUAGCUUUCGGUAUUUGUAAAUUCUCUCUCACAUUACCGGGAGAGCUCGAGUAUAUCUUCCAGGCUUUUAUUCGUUAUGGGAAAACUAUAGCACAGACCCAGCAGCCCAGAAACGUCCCUUUACUUUAUGUUCCGAAAAGAUGGUUCUGGCAUUUCUAUGCCGUGUCUGUCUUCUGGAAUGGACUUCUUCUCUUCUUCUCCCUGCGCACUGUGUUCCUCCAGGAGCAGCUCCCGGUCUUCCUGUGGGAUCUGCUUGGUUUUCUAACUGGAGAACCUAAAACUGCAUGGGGAGAAAUUAAGCUGACCAUCUUGGUGCUACAAGCUCUCGUGUGGAUCCAUUCCUUCAGGCGCUUGCUAGAGUGCCUCUGGGUCAGCGUCUUCUCUGAUGGACUGAUCAAUAUCGUUCAAUAUGCAUUUGGCUUGAGCUAUUACAUCCUGCUAGGAUUGACUGUCCUGUCUGUAAACGCCUCACUGACUACAGAAGGGAUCUCUGUUCUGACCUUCUCACAGUCCAUAUGGCACAUAGCAGGAGUCUUGCUGUUCCUUUGGGCUUCAUUGCUGCAGCACCGCUCGCUCUCGCUGCUCGCCAGCCUGCGCACUAGCAGCUCUGGUCGGGUGGAGACGUUCGCCCACAGGAUGCCACACGGCGGCUGGUUCGAGCGGGUGUCCUGUCCUCACUACCUUGCUGAGCUGCUGAUCUACACAGCCCUGAGCAUCUGCUGUGGGUGCAGCUCAUUCACAUGGUGGCUCGUUGUGCUCUACGUUCUCUGCAAUCAAGUACUAGCGGCUCAUCUCUGUCAUGAGUAUUACAGAAGGACAUUUAAAACAUAUCCACCUGAGCGUAAAGCCAUCAUUCCAUUCCUACUCUGAUAAUCAUUUUCUUUUGUCUUUAAUAAGCAUGUUGGAACGAAUGUGAUUAAAUAUAAUACAUGACUGAA